AAGUUUCACUUUACAUGCAUACUUAAGUAAAGAAAACAAAGAUAUUGUACCUACAAGCCAAAUCUGAGCCUUUCUAUUUUUUAAUGGUAAAAAACAAAAUCUGUAAUUUUGAAGAAUGUUGGCAUACAUUUGCAUGGCUAUCUUGCUAGGAGCUGUUGGUUCAAAAAUCAACGAGGAAAAAGAACCACACAUAGAGAUGCGUGUAACUAUGUGCACCUCUGGAAGCACUGAAACAGAAGAUGAGUUGCAACUGGAUGGGGAUGAAGAAUUAUACGCAGAUUUCAUAAAUAAUAAGGUGGUGAUGACUAUCCCUAAUUUUGUGGAUCAAUUUGGCGCAGAUCCAGGAUGGAUGCAGGUAGCACAAGCUGACAAGCAGGUCUGUUUUAAUGAUCUUGGCAUCAAUAUUAAAGCAGAGAAAAAUCCACCUGAAUCUAAAGCCAUACCUCGUGUGGUGAUGUAUCCAGCAUAUGACUUGGAAAUGGGUAUUUCUAACACCCUCGUCUGCUUUGUCACAGGAUUCUACCCUGUACCCAUUAAAUUAUCAUGGUAUAAAAAUAGUCAACCAAUAUCUGAUGGUGUUGAAGUAAGCCGAUACUACCCUAAUGAUGAUUUCACUUUUCAAAUAUUUUCUGAAAUAAGUUUCAUGCCUAAAGUGGGAGACAUAUAUUCUUGUAUGGUGGAGCACAGUUCUGUCACUGACUUGAUUACGACAAUUUGGGAACCAGAAAUGAAGACACAGUCUGAUGCUGGAAAGACUGCAUUCUGUGCUAUUGGAUUGACGCUUGGGCUUCUAGGUGUGGCUAUAGGGACCUUUUUCCUGAUCAAAGGAAACAAUUGCAAUUAAAUCAGAUUGGAGUUGAAGAUACUUGGAUGAAGAACAUUUUGCUGUAAACUGUUUUUACCCCUUUUUUUCAAUCAAUCAGCCUUUUCAAAGUUUUACCUUGUAUCUGUAGCUGAUUAAAUUUUUUAAAACUUUCACAACAAAACUUUGUCAAAAGAAUGAACAAUGACUUCUGUUUAUUGUUCUAAAAAUAAUGUAUAAUCUUAUGAUAUCAAUAAAUUUGUACAGUAUAAA